AAUAACCCUCACCCACCCCACCACCCAAUGCCCUUUCCUUUUUUCACAUUAAAUCUCAACAACAAGAUACCCCCAACUGUGAAGGCUCCUGCUUCUUCCAAUGAAACGAAUUUCCCCAGAUUCUCCCUCCCCCCAACCCAAUUUGAAGAGAGUAAAGGAAGACCCCGAAACUGGGGGGUUCAUGAAUUUGGAUGAAAACCUUUUGUACGAGGUUCUGAAACACGUUGAUGCCAGGACCUUAGCAAUGGCCUCCUGCGUUAGUAAGCUGUGGCUCAAAACUGCCAGAGACGAGCGUCUUUGGGAGUUGAUCUGUACCAGGCACUGGGCUAACAUCGGUUGCGGAACCCAACAGCUUAGAUCCGUUGUUUUACCUCUCGGUGGUUUCCGCCGUCUCCACUCCCGUUACCUUUGGCCGCUUUCCAAACCCCAAGCUGCUUCACCUUUGCCUUGGGCUCCGCCCAAGAUUAUAAACUCCAAGCCGCCGGCUCGGUGGGGAAAAGAUGAGGUUCACCUUUGUUUGUCUCUUCUCUCUAUACAGUAUUAUGAGAAGAUGCAUUUCACAAGCAGGCGCAGAUAAUUGUAGUAUUGGGUUUUUGUUUUACGUUUGGGUUGGUUCUUAUUUUCUUAUAUUUACCUUGGGAUUUUUCAUUUGUAUUUAAGCUGGUGAAGUAGUUGUGUGAUUCUGUUGUAAUUUCGAGUAUGAAAAUUGAAACAAUUGUUUCUUAAAUUUAUGAUUAUUACAUAUAAUGUUGUGGUUUCCAAA